GGUCCCUUCCAGCUCGGCCCGUUCUGUGAUUCCGUGGCACCCCCGGGCGGGCAGUGCACACACGGGUGUCCCACAGCUCCCUGCGGGGCUCAGGGGAGCGCGGGCAGUCCCGAAGGGACAAACGCACUGCCAAGGUGAGUGCUGGGCGCCCCCGGGCCGGGCUGUGCCGGGAGCCCUCCGGUUCCUCACGGCCGGAACGGGCCUGCGGAGCGCUGAGGGCUCGCACAGCGAACCGGCCAGGGGCGGCGGGGAGAGCCGGGGGAGGCCCCGGGGAGGCCCCGGGCGGAGCUGGGCCCGGAGCCCACACGCUGCCCGUGACCGGAGGUGGGCGGUGCGGCGGGGCCGCUUCCUCCCCGGCGCGGAGCGGCAUGGAGCGGGCUCCCCAGGAUGUGUUCCAGGAGGAGCUGAAGUGGUGCAUUUCGCAGCUGGAGGCAGAUCUCCACCUCACCCCACCCCCAAAACCAGUAGAGGAGACCCAGCACAUUCUCAAGGUCCUGCGCUCCCCUGAGACUCCUCUUGCAAAGAAGCAACAAGUGAUGAGUGAUGUGUUUGGGGAUUAUUGUCUCAGCAUGGAGAAAGCAGGCAUGAAACCUGGUGCUCUGGAAGUACAGCCAAGCAGUGGGCAGGCUGCAGAUGGUAGGAAACAGUCUGACCCAAGCCCUGAGGCAAAGCCAGAGCUGUUCACAUCAUCUGGCAGCAGCUUCCGAUUUGAUUUUACACUUUCCGAGACCAACCCAGGAGCAGACCCUGGUGACAGCAGAGCUGUCACAGCCACCAAGCAGGAGAGCUGGAAUGGAGCCUUGAGGUUUGCUGUCUCUGGACAAGAACCCAAGUUUGCUUUCAACUUUGCCAUCCCAGAUGAAGACUGUCCUCAGCUCCAGCUACUUCCCUCAAGCCAACAUACAGAUCCUUCACUGCCUGCUGAAGCAACAGCCCUGCCACGGGCUGAAGCAACAGCCCUGCCACGGGCUGCAGCCGUGCGGGAGCCCGAGGUGACUCAAGCUGCAGGGAGUGCACCCAAAGAGGACAGAAGCCAUGUCACAUCAAAGAUCCCCCAACCAGAGACUGCUCCUGCAGAUGAAGCAGCAACAGCAAAAUCAACAGGAGAUGAAGCUGCCCAGAAGAAGAAAAAGAAGAAGAAACAAAAACCACCAGUCAGUAAAACGGAGAGAGAAGAAACUGAGACCAGCAGGAAAGCAAAGACAGAAGCUAAGAGCUGUCAAAAUACAAAUACUUCCCAUCAGGAUGAGAAGACCUCCCAGUCAGAUGAGCAGCUGCAGAAGGAGCUGGACUGGUGUGUGCAACAGCUGGAACUUGGCUUGAAGACACAGAAACCCACUCCAAAGCAGGCUGAAGAGGCUCUCCGGGCCAUCAGGACACUGCGCAGUGACAAGGCUCCACUGGUAAAGAAGCGGCAGCUCAUGAGAGCCAUGUUUGGAGACUACAGGAAGAAGGUGCAGGAGGAGCUGUGCAGGGAGCUGAAGCUCAUGGAAACAGCUGCAAAGGCUGCCAGGAUCGUGGAGGUGAAGGGAAGCAUCCGCAAGAAGAAUGGCAAAUUCAUCCGGAAAUGCUCGGCAGCUUGCAGGAAAAGCCAGGGUUCAGCAGGAUUCCCUUCAGAGUCACCCAGGACGCUUUACACAGGCUUAUUCAAUGACACAGCUUCCAAAGAAGAAUUUCGCUUUAAUUUCUUCUAGAAAAGUGUCUUAGACUAAAACUGUGGUAAAAAAAUCCCUGUGCCAGAUCCCCUGUAAACUGCAGAACGGUGGAGAGAUGCUGUGCAGUAGGAAAUGUCAUCAGUAAGUCUCUUGAUCCUGUUCCAGAGUGCCUUAUCUAGAAAUCUAAACCAAAUCUGCCUAGUACCGUAUGACCCCAAGACUCAGCCAGCGUAGUGCUCCUCUGUACUCACACUGUAGAGAGGCACCUUUGAAAGGGUCAGCAGUGAAAGGAUCUGGUUUUCUUCCUGUAGAAUUUACAUUAACUGUGAAAUCUCUCUUUUAUACCAUGAGAUUUUCCCAUUCUCCUGUGGUUUUUAAAUAGAGCAGAGCUUUCCUAGCAGCUGAGGCAACCAUGCACACAGAGGGGAAUGGUUUGGAAAGAAGAUGCAGCUUCUGUGAAGAUCCAGCAGUGGAUAUUUGGAUGCUUCCACUCCAUGAGUCUGUGUGAAUGCGGCUUCUGGCAUCCAGCAAACACCAGCAAUGCCAUCACUGACAUCGAGGGAGUGGAGCUCAGGGUCUGGGGAGAGAGUGAGUGAGAACCAUUUUUGCUGAUUCAUCUCUUUCAAUGGCAGAAACAGACUUAGAAUAAAACUGCAAAUGCUGGUUUAAUCCAGCCUAGGGAUGUAAGGACAGUUGUUUCCAGACAGGGAAAGGUUUUUGUUGCUGGAGCCAGGUUCUGGCCAGCUAGGAAGGGCGUACAAUGAGCUCUUAAAUAAAGUUUACUUUGUAAGUAGUCCAGUUACAGCCACCAGUGACUCAGAGGUAAAAUCAGCUGCGUGCCAACCUUGGGUGGUGGUGAAAUGAACUGUCAGAGCCCAAAGACUCUCUUCCACUUGAUUUGUAUUAAAUUUUGGCUUUUUGAAUGUGUGUCUCCAGUGUUUCCAUACUACUUUAGUCACUGAAGCCAUCUCCUGUGUUCCUACAGAAGAUCUUCCCACCAAGCCUAAAAAAGCUGAAGGAAGAGAAGUGCUGCAAAAGGCUAUGUGGUAUCAGGUGUCCCUGGGGAGCAGUGCUUUCCUCCCUUUUAUGGUCCAGUCAGCCUGUGUGAGAAGUGAGAAAUGGGAGUGUGGGCAGAUUCCAGGGAGAGCAGCUGAGAGAUGGUGGAAAAUACUGGCUGGCAAAGACUUAUUUUAAAAGAAUAUUUUAAAGAAUUCCUGUCUGGGAAACUGAACCUGGAUAACAUGUACGACAGGGAAAAAUAUGCAGAGCUGACUUUAUGUCUUCUUGAAGUCAGUGGGUAAAAACUGGAAAUCAAGGUUGGCAUAUUAUUUUAUUUGCCAAGGAGCACAACUUUGACUGUGUGGAACAACCUUAGACAGUUUUUUUUUAGUUUUGAUUUCCAGGAUUUUAUAUUAAACAUACAAAAGCUGUGUCCUUGUCAAACUUUUAGUGUUUUCAUGCCAUUUACUGAGAUUAAAGAGCAUCUUGUACAUGACCUUGGAACUACAGCUGUUUGCUUUCCUGGCUGGUUGUGCAGCAGGUGUCUGGGAAACGGUUAUUUUUUCCCUUCUCCUGUCUCAGGUAAAGCUAAAGCUGCUAAAAUGUUACAAAAUCUUUGCUGUGGAAGGCUGCAGGAGUAUUCUGGGAAGCAUUCUUAUAUAACUGCCUCGUGCUUAUGCUGUUCCUUAGGCGUUCACAAUUAGAAUAAAGAUACCAGUGAGGUGUG